AUGACGAACCAAAUAUACCACACCAUGUUCAAAAGCGGGAUUCUCAAGCUCAAAAACGCGCAGGUUGCAAGGGCGGUCACGAGCAUGAAGAACCACGCCCGGAAGUGCGACGUGCCCUACCUGCUGCUCAAGGUUAACAGCUGCCCGGGGUUCAUCUACGGCGAGUCCCGCGACAGCGCGGCCAUCGAGAAAUACGAGGAGUUCGUGCGGUCGAUACAGCGCGGGGUGUAUCGGUGUGUGGUGCCGGUCGGGGCGGUAGAACUGCCGGGGGGGGGAUAG